GACUCUGGAGCUUUGGGCCGGGCCAACAUGAGGGACGUCAAGGUACCUUGGCCCUGGAGAAGGCUGCGUGGCAAGAGGCGGUCAGUGGUAGCGUUCUGCCUCUUGAUGACCCUGUCUGCGCUGGCUGUCACCCGCUUACCCCCACAGCAUCCAGCAGCCGGCCCAGACCCUGGCCCCACGGAGCCCCGGGACAUGACUGACAACCCUGCCCCUCACACACGUCAGGCUCUGAGCUCCAGCCAGAGGCAGCGGGCAAGGAACCUGGGGCUCUGCAGGGGCCGGACUUUGCCCAGGAAAUCCAGCUUGGUCUGUACAGAGGAGCAGGGCCACAGAGCGCGGCGAGCGGACAGAGGCAGGCCGUCCCCUGGAGGUGACAGCAGGCAUGCAGGCAGGGUCAAGAGGGGCAUUGCCGUGGCAGAUCUGACACUCACGACCCAGUAUAUUGUGCCUCUGAGGGAAGAUGAAGUCAGAGAUCCAGGAGCCCAGGGCCUGGGCCACCCCUGGCGCAGAGUCCCCAUCCAGGACACACCAGGUGAAGCCAGCAUCCACCCACUGGCCACAGGGAGCAAUGUGGCAGCUUUACAGGCCCGGGAAGCUACCGCUGGGCUCCCGCUCCAGCCCUAUCCAGCGGAAGGCAAGGAACUUCCAGGAGCUCAGGACAGAAUCUCGAGUGGUGGGUCCCCAGCAGCAGGUCCUACCCCAGCCUCAGGGGCUUGCAGCUGGCCUGAUUCUGUUGGAGAGCUUCGAGGGUCUGCAUGGUGUGACGGCGCGGGGAUGUUGAGCAGCUCGAACACCAGCGAGCAGGUGCCCCCGUGGCUCACCGAACACGAUGUGCAGAUCCUCCGCUUGUUGGCCCAGGCGGAGGUGGUGGGCAAAGCCAGGGUCCCCGGCCAUGGGCAGGUCCUGCAGGUUGGCUUCUCCAUGGAGGGUGCCCCUCAGCGGGACCCGUCUCCUCCCAGACUCAGCCAUCUCUGCCCCCGGGGGUUCUGCGGCUUGAUCAAGAGGCCUGGGGACCUGCCUGAGGUCCUGGCCUUCCACCUGGACCGUGUGCUGGGGCUGCGGCGGAGCCUGCCUGCUCUGGCCCGCCGCUUCCACAGCCCCCUGCUGCCCUACCGCUACACAGACGGAGGCGCCAGGCCCAUCAUCUGGUGGGCACCUGACGUGCAGCACCUGGGUGACCCGGAUGAGGACCAGAACUCGCUGGCCUUGGGUUGGCUGCAGUACCAGACCCUGUUGGCACACGGCUGCGGCAGGCCAGGCCAAGCCCCCUGCCUGGGCAUCCGUCACACCGAGUGGGCACGUCUGGCACUCUUCGACUUCCUGCUACAGGUGCACGACCGCCUGGAUCGCUACUGCUGUGGCUUCGAGCCUGAGCCCUCAGAUCCCUGUGUGCUAGAGCGGCUGCGAGAGAAAUGCCGGAACCCGGCCGAGCUGCGGCUGGUCCACAUCCUGGUCCGGAGCAGUGACCCAUCUCGUCUGGUCUACAUCGAUAAUGCUGCCAACCUCCAGCACCCUGAGGACAAGCUGAACUUCCGGCUCCUGGAGGGCAUUCGUGGGUUCCCUGAGUCGGCCGUGAAGGUUCUCGCAUCAGGGUGUCUCCAGAACCUGCUGCUCAGGUCGCUGCGGAUGGACCCGGUGUUCUGGGAGAGCCACGGUGGGACCCCCGGGCUGAAGCAGGGCCUGCAGAACCUGGAGCGCCGAGGACAGGUCCUGCUGGCCCACAUCCAGAGACACAACCUCACGCUCUUCAGGGACCAGGACCCGUGAGUCCGGCACUGCCCAGGCAAGCAUCGCCCCUCUCAUCACAACCCUGAGUUGAUGAGCAGCCCUCCUGAUGGCCAGGGGCUCCUGGGCUCACCCAUCCUGAGGAUACAUGGGGAAAGCGAGAAA